UGCUCGCAAGGAUCCGGGGGUGCGUUGACGGAGGCCCCGGUCUCCAGCAGAUGCUUCAGACUAUCCACCUGCGAGAAAAGAACAGCUCCAGCACCCCUUCUCGCCUUUGUCCAGGCUCCUCUCCGGGGAUCGAAAUCCUCCACCACUCCAAAAACCUUCCAACUCUGAAGAGGCUUGACUUGGCAGCGCCAAGUGCACUGAGUGCACCUCCUGUUAUCACUUUAAUCUCUUCAUCUGAAGCAUCCUGUGCCUUGCCUCAAAGACUUGAAUACCCCCUGUGGAGACAGGAUGAAGUUGACCAGUGAAAAGUUGCCCAAGAACCCCUCUUAUACUUCUCUAUCCCACUUCGCUGCUAAGAAUACAAAAGUCUUCCAGUGGAGAAAGGAAAAGACUGAUCAUUACAGCCAUGCUGAUUUGGUGGAUAAGGCUUUGCAGCUCUUAAAGGAAAGGAUAAGAAGAGGGGAUACUAUGGCAUAUUUCCUCCGAGGUCAACUUUAUUUUGAAGAGGGAUGGUAUGAAGAAGCGUUAGAACAGUUUGAAGAAAUCAAGGAAAAGGAUCAUCAGGCAACUUACCAGCUAGGAGUGAUGUAUUAUGAUGGCCUGGGGACGGUCGCAGACUCUGAAAAAGGAGUGGAAUAUAUGAAGAAAAUUGUUGAUUCUCCAUGCCCUAAAGCAAGACACUUAAAAUUUGCAGCAGCUUACAACCUUGGAAGAGCUUAUUACGAGGGAAAAGGCGUUAAACGAUCAGACAAGGAAGCUGAAAGACUGUGGCUUUUUGCUGCAGACAAUGGAAACCCAAAAGCUAGUGUGAAGGCUCAGAGUAUCCUAGGGCUGUAUUACUCAACAAAGGAGCCCAAAGAGCUUGAGAAGGCAUUUUAUUGGCAUUCAGAAGCUUGUGGCAAUGGAAACCUGGAGUCCCAGGGUGCCUUGGGGCUCAUGUACUUCUACGGACAAGGUAUCCGCCAGGACACUGAGGCUGCCCUGCAGUGCCUGAGGGAAGCCGCGGAGCGUGGCAACGUCUAUGCUCAAGGGAAUCUCGUGGAGUAUUACUAUAAGAUGAAGUUCUUUACAAAGUGUGUUGCAUUUUCCAAAAGGAUCGCCGACUAUGAUGAGGUUCACGACAUCCGCAUGAUAGCCCAGGUCACAGACUGUCUCCCGGAAUUCAUCAGCAGAGGCAUGGCCAUGGCCUCUUUCUACCACGCACGGUGUCUGCAGCUUGGCUUGGGGAUCACAAAGGAUGAGGCGACAGCUAAACGCUAUUAUUCUAAAGCUUGUCGUCUGAAUCCUGCAUUGGCAGAUGAACUUCACACUUUACUUAUUCAUCAAAGAAUUUAGACCACAAUGCAUUUCAACAAAGAUCAUCGAUUCUAACAGCUUAGAAUGAGCAGAACAUGGGCCUCACCUGGAAUGUUCUCGAGCAGCUUCUGCUGUGCCCUCUGCUUUGUUUCCUGGCUGUGCGCUCGGCUUUGUUCUUGGCGUGGGGUUGUUUUUGGCGGCGCCAGCUUCCCAUUGGGCCAAAAAGCAUCCCGGAAAAGGUUGAUGUAGUAAACCAACAUUUGCUCACUGAAAA